UUCAGCGUAAGCAAUUUAUUGUGUUGAAAUGUGAUAUUUAUGGUAUGACAAACAUGUCUUCAAGUAGUUUUCCCCUGCAGCAGUGCAGCAGGUGGUGUAAACAGGCCCAGGUGGCGGCAGCAUGGUCGGUUGGCUGGUUCACACAAACAGUCAGACAAACAUACAGUCAGACAGACAUACAGUCAGAAAGACAGACAGACACACGGACAGACGGACAGUGGUCAUGCCAUUUUCCAUGUGCCUUGCUGGGGGCGAGUUAGCGCCCCACUAGCAGAGAGCAGCUAUUUUGAAAGUGACCCCUCAUUCAGGCAGCGACUGUGCAGCUGUCAGGAACCAUGACUGAAGAUGACGGAUUCUGUUGUCGUGGAGGGAUAUGCCAGACUCCGAGAUGGAAAAAAGUGGAAAACUAGGUGGCUCGUUCUUCGCAAGCCGUCGCCUGUAGCAGAUUGCCUUGUGCUGCUGGUUUUUAAAGACAAGUCCGACAAAGCGCAGGGAAACAAGGAGAGGGCCAGUGUCAUCUUGGAGGAGAUCUGCGGUCUGGAAGUUGGACAGUGGUAUGAAGGUGUGGCUUUAACCCUCGCCAUCCUCUGCCUGAAUCAGGCCGCGCUGCUCGGCUUCGACAGCAAGGAGGCGCUGCACGCAUGGGACAUCCGCCUGCGAUACAGCCUUGGAGAAGUUCACAGAUUCAGUGUUGGAGUCUUACCCGGGACCAAGUUGGAAAGCGGACCUGCUACUCUUCAUUUGUGCAACAACUUACUGGCCCUGGCCCGGGACGUCCCUCCUGUCAUCAUCGGUCACUGGAACCUUCCAGACCUGCGCAGAUAUGGACCCGUACCUAACGGAUUUGUGUUUGAGGGAGGAACGAGAUGUGGUUACUGGGCCGGUGUCUUUUUGCUGGCAUCUGCAGAGAGCGAGCAGAUCAGCUUUCUGUUCGACUGCAUCGUCCGAGGCAUCUCCCCCACCAGAGGCCCUUUUGGACUGCGGCCAGUUUUGCCAGACCCCAGUCCCACGCAGACCAGUUCGGAGGAGAGGCUGAACCACGAGGCCCAGGAGCUGGAGAAACGACUGAGCAUGCUCUCACAGAGGAGCAGCACAGUGUCAUACUGCCCAUCUGCUGGCGGAGACGACCGCAGCAUAUCUGGCUCCUCCGACACGUCAGAUACCAGCCAAUCAGACUGCAGCAUCGGCAGCCGGCUCGCCAUUUGGACUGAACCUCCCUCCAACCCGUCGGAGAACACCAGCCACACCAAAGCUGCCUUACAGAGCAUGGAGAAGCUUUCAGUCUCCCAGGGAAGUGCACGCUGUCCUACCGCCAAACCUCCCCGGCAGCUCCAGGAGAUUGGCCGGCAGAGCUCUGCCGACAGCGGCAUAGCCACCGGUAGCCAUUCCUCAUACUCUGGAAGUUUCUCCUCUUACACGGGCAGCCUGGACAUCACGGCAGGGGAAGACUUUGGGUCUGUUUUCAGCUUGCCUCCACACUUGGCUCAAGACCUGAGCCCUUGUAGCUGCCCUGCUGCCCCUGGACAUGAUUACCAGGUACCGUCAUCACUCAGGUAUCUGUACGACUCUCCUAAGAGUCUGAUAGUGGAGGGGAGUGUGACUAACAAAGACAAUGAACCAUCCACCCCGACUAAGGAUGCUCCUGCCUCUUCAAGCCUCACAACAGACUCCACGAAGGAGGAUAAAAACAGUGCCAAAACCUGUGAGGGCCACUCAAAGACUCCUGAAACAAAGUCAGAGAGUGAACACUUAGAGGAGGGUAAGAAAACCAAAAUGGCGCCCUCUAGUGAGCACCCAGACUCCUGUCACAUCUGCACCUCCGUCUCCAAAACCAUUGUGACCAUCUGCUCUGUCUGUGGAGGAUUUAAGGGGACACCGAACAUCCCUGCAAGUGGGUCAGUGAUCCCUGCCAUACCAGCAGAUCAAACUGUCGACAAAUCACCGUGCAGCACAAACAUUAUCACAGUGCAGAAAAUUAUGGAGAACUCCUUCCCCUCUCCAGCAGCGUGGACGACUGAGGAGUCACCGCUGCCAAAGAACGGGAGAGAGAAAUUGGUGUGUCUCCUGGCCGAUCUGUUAGGCUUUCCAAGAGCUGAUAAGCAGCUGGAGGCGAAGUCUAACAGCCUGAACUUGUAUGAGUCGAUGAGCCCGAGGAAUGAGCUCAUAUCUGCUCCAACUGUCACCUGCGCUCCAUUACAAGAUGCACUUCGAGAGAAACCAGAUGUCAUUUAUGAAAACUGCUUUAAGUGCCAAGGAGAGCGCUGUCAGCCUCCUCCCCGGGCCGCACCUGCUGAAGUGCACCCCAACAGGAACGUCUUCACCUUCAAAACAUUUCCAACUGAGCAGACAAGAAGUGGAGACCAUGAAGCAGCUAUUAAUGAAGCUCCAAGCGAUGCAUCACAGAGCACCGACGGGCAGUGCCCCUAUGAAGAGAUGAAUGGUUGGAUGUUGGCCGGUGAAGUUAAAAGGCUUCAUUGUAAAGAGGAAAGACGCAGAGCAGAUCCUGCUUAUGAGAUCAUGGAGAGUCGAGCGCUGGAGAGGAACUCAGAGGGUGAAGAAAAAAGCAAGUAUGAAUUAAUGGGCAGCUAUGGUCAGCAGAGGCUCCUGCAAGACACUGAAGGGGCAGUGUUCGUCUUCCCCCCCGAGGCACCGCUUCCUGAAAGGCCUCGUAGCGAAGGUGUAACCUACGUGAAUAUUCCUGUUAGUCCCACGUCCAAGAAGCAGCUCAACUACAUGGAGCUGGAGCUGCAGGAGCCGGGUCCUGGCGCCCGUGGGACCGUCGCUCAUCUCCCACCUCAGAGGAAGAGCUCCACCAAGUACGCCCAAAUUGACAUCACAGCCACGGAAACGGCUCACAAAGUGGGCACACAGCACGCCCUGGGUCGGCAGGAAGGCCUGCACACUCUGGAGCUGAGAAGAAAGGGGACGCCACACUGACUCCUUCUUUACUGAACUGUUGAUCUCAGCUGGAUGUUUUUUGCCUGAAACCAGAGUACUACAAACUAUAAAGCUCCCAAGAAGUAUGACUGAGGUUUUUUUUUCUCAUCCAGACUGUUCCUAAAACAUCCUCAGAGGUUUACUUUGGGAUGUUUCUCUCCUGUGGCGUCGCUCUCAGUACAGAUGGGUUUCAAAGUUGCAUCAUUCAGACUACAAAUACUCCAAGAAAAGAGUGCCUCCUGAUGUCCACAUUCACACAUGGCCUCUAUAUUUACGCAGCAACCCAAAGGUGGAGUCUACUCUGGAAGGUUUGGCGCAGGAUUAGGAGCAGCAUCUCAAUCAUCUCAUUAAAUGGCAUCAUGUCAGAGCCACAGCCUCAGGCAGACAUGGAGGAAGAUGUGCCAGUGCUGAGCUGAGUCACCGGCACUGAUAAACCCCCAGAGCACAACUUUUCACAGCUCACCCGGGCCAUCCCUCUGUAACAUGUAACAGGCUGUUUUUAUACAUAUUUGGGAGGAUGGAGCAUGGUGGCAGCAGGGGAGAAGGCAGAUAUGCUGUUUGUUAUCACCGGGGGUUUAUAUUUAUUUAUUCCUCUGCAACAACGGCAUAACUAAUUCCACAUCUAGUUACACAAAACUCAGUGUUUAGCAUAUUUGGUGACACUUUCCAUUCAGUCCCACUCAAAAUCCUGCAAAUUUCAGGCUUUCUGUUUGAAACAUUAAAAGACAAGAUUACUAUUUGAACGACAAAAGCAGGAUAAUUAAUAGUGUUGCACAAUUCUUCAUAAUGGUGCAUUGUCUAACUAAUGGAUCUGUGUUUAUAAUAGGAACAAUAUCUCAGCCGUGCUUGUUGUUUUUUUCUGUUCUGUGUUAAUAUGGAGAAAAGGAUUACAGUGGAGAAGUCUUCAUAAAUAAUGCAAAGCAGAGCCACCCAGCAACAACAAAAUGUGCCAGACUGUCUGGCACUCUUGGCCUUCAUUCUGCAAAAAAUGAUGUACUUGUAAGAGUUUGAUAUUUUAUAUGAACUAAUUGAAGUGGUUAAAAUUAUUCAUAACAUGAUAUUUGUUUUGUAGAGAAACUUAAGUAGUACAUUUCAGUGAUAAUAUUUCUCAUACUCUACAUAGGAUACUCUUUUAUUUUGAUAUCUGUAAAUACAAUUGUCUCUCUUUAUAGAUGAUGUGCAUCGUUAUAAAAACACGUGAAGAAUAAUGUAUGUACAGUAAAGAUGUAUGGAACUAGUUCAAGGACAAUUUCCUUUUCUUGUAAAACCAUUUUUAUCUUAAAUUAUUUAUAACUUCUGCUUUGAUGUGUGUGUUAAGUUUUUUUUAGAGCUACAGUAGACAAUAUAUGGGAUUAACAGCCCUCAUGUACAGUUGUAAACCAGUAUGGUUCAACACAUAAAGCAUCCUGACUAUA